AUGCCUCGGCCAUUGUGUGAGGCGGGAGGGAACCCGACUAGGCCCGGGCCCGCUGCCCCCGGCCGGGCCGAACGAGGCGAUGCCUCUCGCGGGCCGGGUGUCGGGUCUCUCAGGCCGGCCGCGCCCAGUGCCUCGCCCUCCGCCCGCUCUCCUCGGUUCCUCCCGGGCCUCGGAGCCCACGGCCGCGCUGCGUCCCCUCGCCUCAUCGGGCCUCGUUUUUCUUCCUUGUUUCCUUCCCCUUCCUUGAAGCUCUGGUCCCCUCUCGUUGUCGUUGCCUCGGCCCCCGCUUUUUCUCCCCGGCCCCGCCGGCCUAGCGCUUUUCCCUGCCUCCCAUUUUCAACCACCCCCUCACCACCGUUCCUGACGCCUCUUUCAGGCUCUCCCCUUUAUUUUCUUAUCGGGCCGUGCUUUAAUAUGUCUUUCCUUUUCCAUGUCUUCCUCGGACAACCUGCUGCUCGGCGACGUUUUCUUCGUCCUCAGAGACCAAAAGGUCAAGGAAACAAAGUACAAAAUGGAUCUGUACAUCAAAAGGAUGGAUUAAAUGAUGAUGAUUUUGAACCUUACUUGAGUCCGCAGGCAAGGCCCAAUAAUGCAUAUACUGCCAUGUCAGACUCCUACUUACCCAGUUACUACAGCCCCUCUAUUGGCUUCUCCUAUUCUUUAGGGGAAGCUGCUUGGUCUACUGGGGGUGACACAGCCAUGCCCUAUCUAACUUCUUAUGGACAACUGAGCAACGGAGAGCCCCACUUCCUACCAGAUGCAAUGUUUGGGCAACCAGGAGCCCUAGGUAGCACUCCAUUUCUUGGUCAGCAUGGUUUUAAUUUCUUUCCCAGUGGGAUUGACUUCUCAGCAUGGGGAAAUAACAGUUCUCAGGGACAGUCUACUCAGAGCUCUGGAUAUAGUAGCAAUUAUGCUUAUGCACCUAGCUCCUUAGGUGGAGCCAUGAUUGAUGGACAGUCAGCUUUUGCCAAUGAGACCCUGAAUAAGGCUCCUGGCAUGAAUACUAUAGACCAAGGGAUGGCAGCGUUGAAGUUGGGUAGCACAGAAGUUGCAAGCAAUGUUCCAAAAGUUGUAGGUUCUGCUGUUGGUAGCGGGUCCAUUACUAGUAACAUCGUGGCUUCCAAUAGUUUGCCUCCAGCUACCAUUGCUCCUCCAAAACCAGCAUCUUGGGCUGAUAUUGCUAGCAAGCCUGCAAAACAGCAACCUAAGUUGAAGACCAAGAAUGGCAUUGCAGGGUCAAGUCUUCCACCACCUCCAAUAAAGCAUAACAUGGAUAUUGGAACUUGGGAUAACAAGGGUCCUGUGGCAAAAGCCCCCUCACAGGCUUUGGUUCAGAAUAUAGGUCAGCAGUCAACCCAGGGGUCUCCUCAACCUCUAGGUCAGCAGGCUAACAAUAGCCCACCAGUGGCUCAGGCAUCAGUAGGGCAACAGACACAGCCAUUGCCCCCACCUCCACCACAGCCUGCCCAGCUCUCAGUUCAGCAACAGGCAGCUCAGCCAGCCCGCUGGGUAGCACCUCGGAACCGUGGCAGUGGGUUUGGUCAUAAUGGGGUGGAUGGUAACGGAGUAGGACAGUCUCAGGCUGGUUCUGGAUCUGCUCCUUCAGAGCCCCAUCCAGUGUUGGAGAAGCUGCGAUCCAUUAAUAACUAUAACCCCAAGGAUUUUGACUGGAAUCUGAAACAUGGCCGGGUUUUCAUCAUUAAGAGCUACUCUGAGGACGAUAUCCACCGUUCCAUUAAAUAUAAUAUUUGGUGCAGCACAGAGCAUGGUAACAAGAGACUGGAUGCUGCUUAUCGCUCCAUGAACGGGAAAGGUCCCGUUUACUUACUUUUCAGUGUCAACGGCAGUGGACACUUCUGUGGCGUUGCAGAAAUGAAAUCUGCUGUGGACUACAACACGUGUGCAGGUGUGUGGUCCCAGGACAAAUGGAAGGGUCGUUUUGAUGUCAGGUGGAUUUUUGUGAAGGACGUUCCCAAUAGCCAACUGCGACACAUUCGUCUAGAGAACAACGAGAAUAAACCAGUGACCAACUCCAGGGACACUCAAGAAGUGCCUCUGGAAAAGGCUAAGCAGGUGUUGAAAAUCAUAGCCAGCUAUAAGCACACCACUUCCAUUUUUGAUGACUUCUCACACUAUGAGAAACGCCAAGAGGAAGAAGAAAGUGUUAAAAAGGAACGUCAAGGUCGUGGGAAAUAAAGGCAGUUCUGCACAGACUGCGGCAACGGUUGCAUCUGCAUAUCCUAAAGAGGAAAAAAUGACCUUCGAGAGAAUUAGGACUUUUUUAUUAAUUUCAUUGACUUCAGAGACGAUUGCAGACUUACAGUUUAAGUAUUGGAAUUUCACAAAAGACAUAGGACUUAACUGGAAAAUGAAAAAAAAAAAGAAAAAGAAAAAACUAAACAAAAAAUCCCUCUAGGGUAGAUUAGGUGAAAACGUCCCCUUUAUUUUGGCUUUGGUUGUGAUUUCAGAGCAUAAUGCUUUGUUUUUUUGUCUUUUUACUAUGUUUUUCGGAUUUUAAAGUCCGUAAGUGCAUACAGUUUUCUCUAUUUUAAACCCUUUCCUCCCCCCGUUUUGACAUUUGCACUUGGAGAACACUUGAGUUGCGAAGGUUUUGGGCAUCCACCCCAGAAAGUGGUAAUUUGGUUUUUCCCUUCCAAACUGGAAGAACAUUUUUAUGAAGAAUUUUUGUCUAGGAAAAUUUAACAGUGUUACCCAAGGUUGUGUCUUUAAGGGUGGUUCAUUUUCUCUGACCCUUUGUUACUCAAAGUAAAGUACUAGGAGUCCUAAGAAAUGUUCUGUUCUUGUACAUUAUACUGAUUAAGUCAGGAUUAAUUUGAUUUCAAAGCUAAGAACAGUGGUAAAAACUUGUUUACAGAAAUGCAUUUUGGAAGAGAAAAUAUUGUAAAACGUGUAGUGAAUGUUUCUUCAGUUUCUUGUUCAGCCAAUGAGGAAAGGGCAUUGCCUUUCUUUUUACCAUUAAUCACUUCUCAAUAAACGUGAGAUCCUGUUGAGCAUCACUUCUAGUACCAUUCAGUGUUAUUUGAGUCUGAUAUAUUUUGCAAAAGAUUUGGAGUAUUACUGUGUAAGGAGUUUUAAGAGGUGAGGUGGCAACUAUUUAGAAAGUUUAUACUAAAUGGAAAUAGUUGAGGCUUUUUAAGCGAGGGCUGGAUAACUCUGACUUCUGCAAAGCAAGGUGGGCCAAGGUUCAUCCUGCUUUGUUUCUGGAUUCUUCCCAGAAGAGGUAGAGCCAUUCAACACAUACUUGUGUUAUUAGGGUGCCAGGCACUGUGCUAAUUCCAUAGAAUCUGGCUGGAUGGCUUAUGUGUAAAAUACUUUAGAACUCUGUAUCAAGGAUGUAGUGAGAUACAAACAAGAUUGUUUAAUCCUAAGCAUGGCUUACUAGAUAAGGAUACAAGUUGGACCCAGAUCCCCAAGAACAAGAAAAUCCAAUGGGCUUGGAUCUUUGUGAACCUUAUAGCAGUACUUGGUUUGCCUUGGUUCAUUUCCUAAAGUUUGGGGGCUUCUUUGCCUUAAAGAUUUUUAGCUCUUAAGAUGUCCCAAUUAGAGUUAGGAAAGCGUAUAAAAACUUCUGUAAGAAAGGGUUCUGAAAAUGGGUUUUGAUACUGUUGGACAGUUUUUUUUUUGUUUGUUUUGUUUUUGCCUACAAUUGACUUAACCAUCCUAUUCUACACAGUCGAGACUGCUAAACUCAAGGGUGCCUGUAAAUGCUGAUAUGUAAUUAGCAUUAGAGUUGACACCUCAGUUAAGAACUUUUCUCUGCCUACCAGAAGCAUUUUAACCAGAAGCAUAGUGCAAUAUUCCUAAAUUUUCCUAUUUGCUAAGUUUUUUGAAAUCUGUUCCCCCCAAAUUGGGAAAUUCUUUGUGUUUUCAUCAGUUCGACGAUGUCCAGUUUCCCAAUUGGAAAUGUUGCAUUCAGUGUUUUCAUUUUAGUUCAAACUUCUAUAACUUCUGGAAGACUCCCUUUGGCUUAAUUGUUCAGUACUUCACCUUUAAAAGGGAAAGUAUCCAGAGAUAGCAAGUUCAAAAAUAAUUUUACAUAGAUUUUCCUGCCUCGUAUUCAAGUUAGAUAAUGAGAUUCAAGAUACUUUUUGGCAGUCUGAAAUAUUAGCAUCUUUGUAGUUUAAGCCAGUGCUUUUUUUUUUUUCAUACGACAUACAGAAGAUACUGGUAUGGCUUUGGGGAUAAACUGAAAGGAAUUCGAAGCCCUUGAUAAGGCUGCUUACCUAGCCCUGAGUGUUGAGGUAUUCAGGAUCUUGGGGUAUAAUUAAGAUUUUUUUUUUUUUUAAUGUAUUCUGUAGUACAAAAAAUUAGGCUGUUUUCACUCUGAGUUUGGUCCAAAAGUUGGUUUAGUGAAAACCCCAAAAUACAACUUAAACCAGGCCUCUGAUUUGCUAGGUAACUUUGCCAGGGGAAAUUGUUGACUUAUUUGCCCUCAAAGCUUUUUGUUAUUUGUAAACGUGAUGACUUUGGAUAGCUAUGUUUGUUCAUUUUUCUCCUUUGUUGAAGACAAGGGGAAAAAAUCUCACCACAUAACCAUCAAUGUUGUAAUCACAAAUUUUGAACCUUUACUGUGAACAAAAUGUGUCUCACAUUCACUUAGUUUUAUUUAAUUACAUUUGAUUAUCUCCCUCAAUAUAUUUUCAUUAAAAAAAAAAAAACUGAAAUGUUUCACAGAAAAGUUGCAAGAA